AUGAAUGCAAUUGUGUCUCUUGUACACUUUUGUGAGGUUCAUGGACCAAGUGUAAUUUUUUGUACACAGGCCUUUCAUGCAAAAGAUACUUCAGAUCAUCUUUCUGUUAGUAGUGAAAGAAAUUCUUUAGUAGACCAACCACAUUUGGAUAAUUCUAAAGAAACAUUAUCGAAUAAAAAAGAACCUUCUAUAAAUUCCAAUAGGCCUGCACCAGCAUCUUGUGCGUCAUGUGCAUUUUCAUUGCCCCCCUUGGAUGCAUUAGGUGAUGCAAAGCCGAUACAUAAUUCUGAAAUAAAAGGUUUCAAAACUCAAGACGAGGAAAAUCCUUUGGUAACUUAUAAGGGUUCCCGAUAUCCACAAGAACAACAACUAUAUGCUGCAUUAAGACAAGCAUGUGUGAGAAG